GUCUCUGCUGGCAUCUGAAAUCACAGUGUCAUGAGUGACUCAGGACCUUGAGGAUCUAUUUAGCAAAACGUUGCAUGCCGGAGGCUGGCGAUCCGUUCUCAAAGAAGUGUCGGGCACAGCGACAGGCGCAAGUGCAAAACGCUUACGACCACCGCGUUUUAUAUGCCUAAAGUAACUCGGACAUACGAUAAAAGCCGUCCAGUCGCCUGUCCGACUGGCUUGUCGCGACUGGUGGAUCGCGGGGCAUCGAUCGGAGCUGUGUAUAUAAUUUUGGCAAUUCCACCAGUCGACCAGUCGACGUCGACGACUGCCACCAGCACCGCAGGCGCAAAUGGCGGCAUUGAUCGUCACUCCGUUCGAAUAACCAAGAGAACUACUUGUUCGAUGCUUCGAUAAAAAAUACCAACUAUUUGAGCAAGUGGAAUUUGACCCCUUUGAAGCGACACGGAAAAGAAAGAGAGAAAGAAGAGUUGGCAGAACCAAUGAAAUAAACACACAGGUUUAAUCAGUGGUGUUCAUUCGAGCUGUCUGCUGAGUGAAAUCUUUAAGGAAGUCGAUUGAUUUAUGAGAAGGACUGAAAAUUCUUCAUCAUAAUGAUGGUCAGAGCUUUGUGCAAUGCCUUUUCAAGGAGGCAAAUUAGUUUGUGCGUGCAGUCACAAUUGUUAAAACGCAACACAUAUUUGGGUAUUGAACAAUUGACACGCAUGUUAUCGUCGCAUCAUGUCUCAAAGAACAUUGAGUUUCUUACACAGGAUAAUCGCAUCGUAUCAUCUAAGAACGUCGCCCAAAAAAUGAGUGUAGGAAACAAUCGUCCUUUGUUAGUUAUUCUCACUUGGUUGCUAUCAAAGCGACAACAUGUUAUGAAGUUUGUUAAUUUAUAUAUGGAGCAAGAUUUUGAUGUGGCAGUAGUUUCCCUUACGCCUUGGCAACUUUUGUGGCCUACAAAAGGCUCUAGACUAGUGGCAGCAGAUUUGUUAGCUUUCUUGAAGCAAAACGAAAGUUACGAACAAAUUCUGUUACACGGAUUUUCAGUGGGUGGCUACAUGUGGGGUGAAGCUUUGGAUUUGAUAGAAAGUAACAAGGACAAAUACAGUAAUAUUACAGACAGAAUUGUUGGACAAGUGUGGGACAGUAUUGCCGACGUUAGUCAAAUUGCAAUUGGUUUCCCUCGUGCAGUAUUCCCGAAAAACAUAAUGCUGCAGUCUAUGCUACGAAAAUUUGUAGAUUAUCACAUGAAGACAUUCCAUCAGCAAGCGACACAAUAUUAUAUCCGAUCCAGUCAGGUAUUUCAUUCGGCCAGUGUACUACGCGUACCAGCAUUAAUAUUUGUAAGUAAAACCGAUCCUGUCGGAGCUGUAACCAGCAAUUUGAAUUUGCGCGACGCCUGGGAAUCUUUAGGGAUAAAGACGUAUGUGAAAAUAUUCGAGAAGUCGCCGCAUGUUGCCCACUAUUACACGUAUCCAAAGGAAUACGUUGCAGAGCUUUACGCUUUCUUACAAAAAUUAAACUUAAUACAAAACGAAGAAAAGAUUAGAGCGCGUCUCUAAUUAUCUUUAAAAAAUACGUUAGUCUUUACUCACAUAACCGUAGGAUAUUUUUUUAUAUAAAUUGCCUUUUCAAUUAAAUUUUAUUCCGUACAUUUGUAAUAUCUAGAACUUGCCACAUACACACGUAAAUAUACAUAGACAGUAGAAACGUGAUUUUAUAUAUUUAAAUUUACAAAAUAUUUGUAUCUUGCGAGUAAUCAACACCAAGUUUGGCGAAACAAAAGUACGUCUUGAAAAACAAUAAGAAAAUAAAACUUAGUCAUAUAUUUUUAUACAUUUUAUCUUUAAAGUAAUAAUGCAUCUUAACAAUAUAUUAUUAUUUAUUUAAAUACAAAUUGUAAUAUCCUGGGUGUAAGACAUACAAUGCAUAAUUUUUUGUCUUUUAUUUCUUAUUUGACGAGUUGACUAUAACAAAAAGAGAUAACAGUAAUAUUUACAAUUUAUUAUUGUAUCACGAGUUAUGGUAUAAAUUAUGUAUUGUACAUUUGGUAUUUUAUCAAAUAUACAUUAGGUAUUUCAUUUCAUCA